AUGGAGACGGACUCAUUUAAGCGCCAGUACGCAGACAUCCUGCGGCGCUAUCUUUGCGGAAUUUCAUACCAGAAACUGUCUUGCGAGUACGACCCGUCCAUAGAAGAGACCGUCGUGCAGCACUUUCGCACGCUCAACUUUCCCAAUGACUUCUUAAAGCGCAUGAUGCCCAUUAUCCACGCGAGCGCCUGGAUAGCGACAAGCACAUAUCCCUUCACACCGCGCCAUGUCCAGGAGGCGAUUGCGGUAUACACUUCGCUGGCAAUCGCCAUAGAAGACACGAGCAAAGAAAGCACACACGACCUCAAACGCUUCCAGCAGCGCUUAUUCAACAGGCAGCCGCAGCCUAACCUUCUCCUGCAGGCCAUGGUAGAUUGCCUCGUGUCCCUGCGCGGCAUCUACGGCCCCUUCAUCUGCGACAUGGUCGCCAAGUCGACCGCCGAGUACAUAAGCGUGUGCGCGUUCGAGGCAAAAUACGACGGGACGCUGCGUCCCACGCCGAGCUCGCCCGACUUUCCGUACUACCUGCGGCUCAAGACGGGCGUGGCAGAGGUGUACGCCUUCUUCGCCUUUCCCGAGGUGCUGUAUCCGGAGGAGGCGUUUCUGCACGAGUACAUUCUCGCGGUGCCGGAUAUUUCCCGGUACUUUAAUCUCGGCAACGACCUCUUGUCGUUUUACAAGGAGUCGAUUGUCGCGGACGAGCGGCUGAAUUACAUAUACAACUGCUCGCGCGUGAGUAAUAGUACGCCGCUCGAGUCGAUCUGGUCGACGCACUUGGCCCUGAUUACUUGCGUGGAGAAUAUUCGAAAGACGCUCUCUGCUAGCCCGCAGAUGCGGAGGAAUAUUGACCAGCUUAUUAAUGGCUACGUCAUGUACCACUUUGGUGCGUCGCGGUACAAGCUCUCGGAUCUGGGCAUUCAAGAGGUGGAUGAGCUAAGGGCAAAGAUUUGCUGUUCUACUACAGUGGAUAACGGAGUCGGUGCGUAUAAACAUUAA